AUUUGCCGAUAAGAAUCACCUGUUUGGUGUUAUUGUUUCUUUGUAUUGGUUAUUUUUUAAUUUUUUGUAUCAUCAAGCCACUGGAUAUUUUUACUCUAAAUAAUUACCUCUCAUUGCAUAAUGCUCCAAUUACGUCCAGCUCUGUAUAACCGGAUUCUGAAGCCGUUGGUCAAUUGUGCUGUAAUGCAACGCUAUAAUCAUAUAGAAACGAAAGUGAAACUUAGCGACGGCAUCACCAUCAAUUAUGUACAAACGGGCAAAGGUGACAAAAACGUAUUGUUAAUGCCUGGUGCACUUGGCACUGCUUGGACAGACUUUAAGCCGCAAAUUGAAAAACUGCCUGAGCUGCUGCCAAACCACACAAUAAUCGCAUGGGAUCCACCCGGUUAUGGAAAGUCACAACCGCCGGAGCGACACUUCGAUCUGGACUUUUUCCAAAACGAUGCACGCUGUGCCGUAGAACUGAUGCAUGCUUUGGGAAGACCCAAAUUUUCUAUAGUCGGUUGGAGUGAUGGCGGUAUAACGGGUAUCAUUGUGGCGGGGCGCUUUGUUGAAUGUGUCGAGAAAUUGGUGAUAUGGGGUGCUGGUGCUUAUUUGAAUGCCGAAGAGGAGAAAGCAAUGAAAGCUAUACGAGAUGUGCAGAAGUGGUCACCACGAAUGCGUGAACCAAUGGAGAAAGUAUAUGGUGUAGAGGGAUUCCCAAAAUUGUGGUCUGCUUGGGUCGAUGCUGUAGUUGCAAUUUAUAAAGAGCGUAAAGGAGACUUUUGUUGCACUGAAGUAACACAAAUAAAAGCACCAACUUUUAUAUUACAUGGAAAGAAGGAUCCAGUGAUUGCCGAUGAGCACAUACCAUAUUUAAGAGAACGCAUAAGCAACUGCCAAUAUUAUGAGUUCCCCGAGGGCAAACAUAAUAUUCAUCUACGUUAUGCAGACGAAUUUAAUAAAUUGGUAGCUAAUUUCUUGUCGCAAAAGUAAUUUGACAUAUGUAUGUAUAUUCGCUAACUUAUUGUAAACACACGCUAAACGAAUUUUAUUUAGUAAA